AUGGCUUUGUCAGCCGCCUUCCUCCUGCUGUGCGUCGGCUUAUCAGGAACCUCCUCACAGGCUCUCGCCCAGAGCUGUGUGGACCCUGCACAUGUGACGGAGCAGGUACGGUUUUCUGGAGACCAGUUUCCUCCUUUCCGACUGGAGUGUCCUCUGAAUACAUCUGUGCGGCCGACAUGGUUCAAAGACUGUGUGCAGCUGGACUCUCCGAACACAGAGUUUCUCACACUGAACGUAGAAGACCAGGGCAAUUACUCUUGUGUGAAGGCCGACAACAACUCUGUGUCUUUCACGCUUAGGCUGACUGUGAAGGAAAGAAACUGCUCCAAGGAGCCAGAGUUUGUCCCAGAUGGAGGACAGAUGACACUGCACAGGAAUUUUGGAGGGAAAGUUAAAAUGAACUGCACAGCGCUGCUUUUCUGGCACCCAAAAGAUCACCACUGUGAUACCGCCAUGCACUGGAGUCGAAAUGGACAGAACAUUUCUCACCAUCCUCUGCUUCGUAUAUCCACCUGGGCUGUGGGUGAAGGCCGACUCAUGGUGAGCAGUCAGCUGGAAACCACACUGGAAAACCAAGACGACUUUGGACUUUACACCUGCACUGUGAGAAACGCAUCCAUGGAGUUCUUAGUGCAACUUCAACUAUAUCACAUCAUCCACUUCACAAGCAGCAACAACGCAGGCAGGAGGGAGGCCAUGAAGCAGUCUGUUACAAUGCCCAACACCUCGGUCACGACCUACGGGCUUCCCACGGACCUCCAGCUGGGGAAUGGGAGCUCCAUGUCGGACGAAAUGGCGCGGUCGAGACGUGUCCAGCAGCAGGUCCAGAUGAGACUGGCCGAAAAGAGCACACUUCCGCGUCAGAACGGCUCCGCUGCGCACUACGCCAUGUCAGACUAUGGGGGUUCUUCCACUAAAUAUCAGACAUAUCAGCCAAACUUCACCUCCAAGUCAUCGUACAUGUACUCAGGAGGAGCCAGAACCAUGGGCCCUCGAAUAUCCCAGAGGACUGGAUUCAGCUCUCAGUCUGCUGGGGCAGAUCUGGCUCAGUUACAGCAGAUGAGCAUUGGAGGUGGAGGUGGAGGAGGUGGUGGUGGAGGAUAUUACAGAGAAGAGAUGAAAAUGACCCCAAGGCCCCACAAUGACCUGGAGUCUGCUUCCAUGCACUCUAUGCGACUGGUCAACCCCUGGGAUGACAGCGAUGCAGCCAGUAUUGUGUCUGGGGAUGGUGUUUUUAACCGGCCGUACACUCAGAGUCAGGGCACUAUGAAUGGAUACAGCACCCAGAUGCGUUCUGUCACUCCUAUGCGUAGAUCCCUCAGUGGGACACUGUCCCGGGUUGGAGGCAUGGCCGGAGUAGAAGCCGAAAUGAUCAAUCACCAGAUGUCAUUCAAGGGGCCAGCACACCGCACCAUCAGCAGGAUCAAUAACCGCAACAGGACCAGCAUGAGCUCCAUGUCCGGGACCAUCCAAAGACCCAUGUCUGUGGGAGGGGGCAGUGUCUACUCUGCAGGGGGCGACAGAGUCGACCGCGGAGGCUUCAUAGUCUCAUCAGCCACCACAGGAAGCUCUGGAGGACGGAUGUUUCAAGGUUCUCUGCCUCGCACCAUGUCCAUGAAGAGCAUCCACAGUGGUGGGCAGAGGAGUGGACAUCUACAAUGGACAGAACGAGAUGGGAAUGAGCAUCGGCAACCUCAGACGCGUGAGUAA